AUGGGUAUAGCAGAGAAGAUCAAGGAUAUAGAGGCCGAGAUGGCUCGUACACAAAAGAAUAAGGCAACUGAGCAUCAUCUUGGUAUGCUCAAGGCAAAGCUUGCUCGUCUAAGAGCACAGCUGCUUGAGCCUCCCAAGGGUUCUGCCAAGACUGGUGAGGGUUUCGAAGUUCUAAAGUCUGGUGAUGCUAGAGUAGCUCUCAUUGGUUUCCCAUCUGUGGGCAAGAGUACAAUCUUGACCAAGCUGACAUCGACUCAGUCAGCUCAAGCAGACUAUGAGUUCACAACACUCACAUGUAUUCCUGGUGUCAUUCAGUACCAUGGUGCAAGGAUCCAAUUGCUCGAUACACCAGGUAUCAUUGAAGGUGCUGCACAAGGACGUGGAAGAGGCAAACAAGUCAUCUCAGUAGCAAGAACUGCUGACUUGAUUCUUAUGAUGCUCGAUUCAACAAAGGGAGAGAUUCAGAAGAGAUUGCUCGAGGCAGAGUUGGAGGCCAUUGGUAUUAGACUCAACUCUCAGCCACCAAACAUCUACUUCAAGCAAAAGACUGCUGGAGGUGUCAACUUCACCGCCACAAUCCCACUGACCAAAGUAACAGAGAAGCUAGUCAAGUCAAUCUUACAUGAAUACAAGAUAUUCCACUGUGACUUGGUUGUUAGAUGCGAUCCAACUGUUGAUGAGAUUAUUGAUGCGAUUGAAGGACGUAGAUCAUACAUUAGAUGCCUUUACGUGUAUAACAAGGUGGAUCAACUUUCAAUUGAGGAUAUGGAUAGACUGGCUCGUCUGCCAAACUCUGUAGUCAUCAGUUGCAACCUUGAUCUGAAUUUGGACUAUCUGCUCGACAAGAUCUGGGAGUACCUGAGCCUGUUGAGAGUGUACACAAAGAAGAGAGGAGAGGCACCUGACUUUAAUGAUGCAGUUAUCCUUCGUUCUGGAGCCACUAUGGAGCAUGUUUGUGCGUAUCUUCACAAAGAGUUGGCCAACCAAUUCAAGUAUGGACUGGUCUGGGGUGUGUCAGCCAAGCAUUGUCCACAGCGUGUUGGACUUGCUCAUCCACUCGAAGAUGAGGAUGUUAUCCAAAUCGUUAAGAAA